CACUGUGUUGUGUUUGGUUGGAGGAAUCUGAGGGGAAAAAAGAAAAUGAACAUGAAAAACACUUCUUCCUCCCAGCUUAGAUUGUAGGUGUGUGUUUCCAACCGGUACACGCUUUCUUUGAUAAGGUCUAGGUGUCGGAACAAUACGUGAGAGAACAAAAAUUCGCUCCCAACCCUCUCUUCAUCGCAUCGCCUGUGUAGAAAAAAUCUUUCGCUCUUCACCGCUGGCUUACGAAACAAUCCGCGAAUCUUUAUUUGCACUAUGGAUCUCUCCAUGGAACAUUACCCUUAUGGUUCGCGUAAAGAUGUCAUGGAAAUUAUAAAUCGUUACCCCCAUAUUACGGUACGAGAUAUGGAGAAUCUUUUCAUCUCUGAAGGCCCAUUUGUGGCAAGGUGUUUGCGCGGCACUGACAUUCUCGGAUUCAUGGAAAGGUGGUUUAUUCAAGAUAUCAGUUUCGAUCGUGAAACCGCAAAACAGAAAGGCCGAGAACAUGUUCAAGCUGGGCCUUUACUUCAUGUGCAUUCAGUACGUGUACAGCCAAAAUCUCCAGAAAAUGGACCCCUACAUGUAUAUGGUACGAUUCGGGUUCAGUAUCAAAAUAUCGCUAGUGGAGACAAGGUGCAGCUUGUUGUUUACGAACGAAGUGCCAAUGAUGCAGACUACAUAAGCCCGAGUGGUGGCGAUUUAGUUCUUUUUGGGCCUCAUAUUUCCCAUACUGGGAUUACUGGCAACUGUGAUUUGAUAAUGCCUUUGUACAAUACAGCUAUAGAAGUUGAUCUCUAUCUCAAAAUUGGGGAUUUUCCCCAUUCGUUUGCUCAUGAAAAGUUUUUGGUGGGGGGUACAACUGAAGGCGAUGUUGAGGAAUUGAGAUCCAAAGAAUUCCAGGAUACACUUUGCUCCGCUACCUUGAGUUAUAUUAAAAUGCCAUUUGCUGCCCUUUGCGAAGUCGAAGUUCUAUUCGAUAGCAAAAACGAGGGCAUAGUUGUUAAUCUUGCUGGAAAAAUUGUUGCACGAUAUAAGAACACCUUUGGAAACUAUAACUCAGAACCGUGCGUUCUUUUUGAGAAGCAGAAUGGCUUUGAAUCAGUAAAGAUGAAUAAUAAGCUCGGUAUGUCAAGAAAAUUGUUGGGGUUGCCUGCAUAUUCGUCACUUGAAGUUGAGCUGGACUUGAUUAACGUCAACACAAAAAAGCCUAUUAAGAAAACAUUUACAUGUUUCAAUGAGGAUGGCGUAUUUGGUGGUGAUCGUGUAGUGGACGUGGAGGGCGAUUUUGUGAUUAAACUGAUAAGAGAGUUGAUUUCAUAUCCACAAAGGUCAAGUGUGGACAAAAUCAAGGCUAAUAAUGAAAUGUCAUUAUACAACACUGGCAAUCCUAGGUAUGAUGUAGGUCAAGAGAGUACGCUGAUACCAUCAAUGUUCGUAGAAUUCUACUCAAUCUUUAUUGGCCGUAAAAAAAUGGGGUCGGCAUUAAAAAUUUUUGGCACUGUUGAAUUGUCUUCUGGUAAGAAUAGUCACUACCUGUUCAAGAGGACAAGUGAUGAUGGUGUGGAAAUAGAAGAUUCACAGAAAGUGUUACCAUUGGGAGAUGUGCAUAUGAGACUUGAUGAAUAUAGCAUGCCUGAAUUGAAGGUCGAUUUAAAAGAUGUUCUUGGGAAAUUUCAGAUUAGAGGUUUUGCUAGCCAUGACCGUAUAUAUGACUCCCAAAUAUGUUCUGUGUUUCCGGGAGAAGAGGGCUUUUGUGCAUUGCAUUACUCCAUUUUCUCAAGAGCUUUUCAAGCAAAAAUCGAGAUCUUUGUCAAGAAUAAAAGUGAUCAUAUCGGGGGUGACACAGUCUAUGGAAGUGCAAUUGCGUGGUAUAGCAAUUUUGACUACCCAACUGAGUUUGAGAGAGAUUAUUUUCAGAGUGUGCUUUUCAAAAAGACCGAGAAGAAUUCAGUACGAUUAAAGGAUGAUGGGAGAGUACCACUUUCUCGCUGUGUAGUUGCGGUUCCAAUGGGUUCGUCCCUCAUUAUUCAUGUAAAUUUGCGUGGCACACGUUAUCAUCUCUCGUGCACCGAGGCGUUCAUGAUUGGAAGUAACUCCUUCAACCAACCGAUUAAUGAUCAUGAUCUUGACAUCAAGUUGACUUGGAGUGAUGGAUUGCACGAUGGGGGGAAUGAUUCAGACAAAGACAAGGAUUGCAGGAUGGGUAGAGUGAAUCAGACAAAGACAAGCGUCAAGGGACAGCAACCUGACCAGCUCAAUUGGGGGAGUGAUUUAGACGAAGACGAGGAUUGCCGGAUGGGUGUAGUAAAUCAGACAAAGACAAGCGCCAAGAGAAAACAACCCGAUCAUCCUAAUGGGUGGAGCGAUUUGGAGAAAGACGAGGAGUUACCUUCCCAAGGCAUGCUAGUAUGAAGAAGUCGCCGUUCCGAUGCAUCCCUCUGCCUAAACUUUGGGUUGACAUUUGCGGUUCUUUGGAUGUUAAGUAUUUGGUCGUGUUUUUCUUCUUUUCAGCAACUCCGAAUGCGUUUUAAAUUGAUUAAAUUAUCAUAUUGUGCGACUACAUAUUUACAUUAUAUACUGAUGAUGACUGUAUCCUCUCUUAUCCAAACACCUGCCAUUCUAUGCUUUCACUAUUUACUACUUCAUCUUUUAUUUAAAAAAAUCAACUCCCUCUAUAUUU